GAAGCGGAGACGGGCGGUGACCCCUAAAGGCUCCUCCGCUCGCGAGCUUGGCUGCACCUCAUUGGUUAUCCCCAAACGUAUUGUUGAUCUCGCUUCCUAGACUCCUGCCGCGCCGAGAUGGGCCAUCCCUUGAUUUUCUCUUUUCGGCGAUAGGUAAGCUCCCGACGGAUUAACAAGUACUCCGAAGAAGACUUGCCAUGAAUCGCUUGUCAAGCACUAUAGCAUCUACAUUCAGUCAAUCAAUCUCGUUGAAACCCCUCAGCGGCGUGUCUCUUGUCCUUGUCUUCCUUUCUUGUCCUGUCCUGUCCGAAUCGAGCAAUCUCCAUCUGGCCAGUUUCACACAUUUCAUUCAGCAUGUCCACUCGCGACUCUGCCGCCACGGCGAGCAUCUCCGACUUCGAGAAAGCAGCUCCUACAGAUCCAGAGAUCGGUAACACUCCGGCACCACCAUUCACAGAGACAGAAGACGAACCGCAUGAGAAGGUCGACACGGCUCCUGCCUCAGCGGCCUCAGCAUGGAAUUCGAGUGAUGCUCCCGAUGGAGGAGUGACUGCAUGGCUAGUGGUGUUUGGCGCCUGGUGUACAUCGUUCUGCAGUUUUGGGUGGCUCAACAGUAUUGGCACUUUCCAGGAAUACUAUUCAGUAGAGCUGCUUUCGCAAUAUUCAGCCGGAAAAAUAUCAUGGAUCCCCUCCCUACAGCUCUUUUUCAUGUUCGCCAUGGGCCCGAUUGUGGGAAGUUUAUACGAUCGUUACGGGCCACGAUACCUCAUCAUUGCUGGGUCCUUCCUCCAUGUUUUCGGAUUGAUGAUGGCGUCCAUCUCAACGGAGUAUUAUCAAAUCAUGCUCGCCCAAGGUGUCUGCAGUGCCAUUGGCGUGUCGCUGAUCUUUCAGCCAGCUUUGAAUGUCAUUGUCGGCUGGUUUAAUGAGAAGCGUGGCAUGGCCUACGGCAUCCUUUCCACCGGCUCUAGCAUUGGCGGUGUGAUCUACCCCAUCAUGAUCAGUCACCUUAUCCCUAAAGUCGGAUUUGGAUGGGCAAUGCGCAUUGCUGCGUUUCUGAUUCUCUUCUUACUCAUCCUCGCCAUUUUGACCGUCAAGUCCCGAUUUGCUCCCAACAAGCAACACCUCAGCCGGAAACAAAUGAUGGCGCCCUUCUGCGAGCCUGUAUUUAUAGCUCUCAACGCAGGAUUGUGUCUCUUCACAUUCGGAAUGUUCGUCCCUAUUAAUUAUCUGGUGGUCGAAGCUACUUCGCGGGGGAUGAGCCCAGAUCUGGCGCAUUACCUCGUUGCCAUGUUCAACGCUGCCAGUCUCUUCGGUCGUCUCCUCACCGGAUUCCUCGCCGACAAAAUAGGAAAAUACAACGUCUUCACCGUGGCCGCCCUAGCAACAGGAACAACUACCCUAGCCCUGUGGCUUCCAUCCGGGCGAAACGACGGCGCACACAUCGCAUACACGGUGCUAUACGGAUUCUUCUCCGGCGCCUACGUCUCCUUGAUCGCAGGCCUGGUCGCACAAGUUUCCCCGAUGAAGGAAAUCGGUUUCAGGACCGGACUGGUGUUCUUCGUUAACAGUAUCGGAGCCUUAACCACAUCGCCUAUCGCAGGUGCGAUCCUGGAGAGGGAGAACGGCGGCUGGACGGGAGUGAAGGUCUUUUCUGGGGUCUUCUGUAUUGCUGGCACGGCAUUCGUGUUUGCUGCGAGGGUGUAUAAGGUUGGAUGGAAGUUGAAUGCCUUCUUCUGAUUAGGCAGCAGGGCAACAAAACAAAACAG